ACAGUGACCCUGGUAAGACUGCAAAUUCAAUCCACAUGAAAAUCACCGUACGUGUACAUCUUCUACUUCACAGCUCUGCAAGAAGCUGCAGCAGGACGCUUAUUCCUUUCCUCAUUUUGCGCAAACUCAAAAAGCACCCUACCAAAACAGUGAAGUAUCCUUGAUCAUGCAUCAAUCAAUCUGAGGGAGAGUCGUGAUGCACACGGUCUGACGCUGCGCUUUCCUCAGCGAGUUUGUAUCUGUGUGGACGGUCCUACUUGCUUGCAGCAUCCUCGGAACUGCACCAGUGAAUUUCAACGAGGCUAAUUUCAGCCCCAAAAAACCUCACCUCAGGGGUCGAAAGAAUAGUAAACGCUUGACUAUCAUCUCUGUCCACACGUAACCUACUUCAGAAGAGCGCAAAGCCCCAUAAACUUCGCACUCUUUGCAAGGACAAUAUGGGAGCGAAAAACAGCAAGCUGACCCCGGAGGUGAUGGAGGAUCUGGUGAAGAGCACAGAAUUUAACGAGCAUGAGCUGAAACAGUGGUACAAAGGCUUCCUGAAAGACUGCCCCAGCGGACGACUCAAUCUGGACGAGUUCCAACAACUCUAUGUGAAGUUUUUCCCCUACGGAGAUGCUUCAAAGUUUGCCCAGCAUGCUUUCAGGACCUUUGAUAAGAAUGGGGACGGCACCAUUGACUUCAGAGAGUUCAUCUGUGCCCUGUCCAUCACGUCUCGUGGCAGCUUCGAGCAGAAACUCAACUGGGCCUUCAACAUGUACGACCUGGAUGGGGAUGGAAAGAUCACGCGAGUGGAGAUGCUGGAGAUCAUCGAGGCAAUCUACAAGAUGGUGGGGACCGUGAUCAUGAUGAAGAUGAACGAGGACGGCCUGACGCCCGAGCAACGUGUGGACAAGAUCUUCAGCAAGAUGGACAAGAACAACGACGACCAGAUAUCACUGGAAGAGUUCAAAGAGGCAGCAAAGAGCGACCCCUCCAUUGUAUUACUUCUGCAGUGUGACCUUCAGAAAUAGAGGGGAGCCGGGGAAUGGUCACGGACUGCACAGAAGAUUCAUGUUCCAUUCAGUUUGCAGCUAUUUCCACUGAAAAAAAUAUGCUUGGACUACCUUUCAAUGGAUCCGCUUCUUGUGUUUGAAACACUUGUGUGCAUGAGAAUGUUAUUUGCUAGAAAAUUAUUCACACACACAUGCACACACAUACCCACACACACCCCAUGAUGAAACAAACACUACAUGCAUUACAUAAUUACACAGUGCACAAAUAUAUACAUAUAUAUUAUAUUUAAAUUAUUUAAAAUCAACUGCCAAAAUGUGAAGUGUGCAAAGUAUUUUCCACACAGUCUCAUUCCACUGGAGCUUAAGCAUCAGUGACGUGCUUUGUUGAAUUAUGCUACUAUUUAUCGUUCCCGAGUUUACUGACGCUAGCUACGUGUUUCAUAUACCGAGUAAUGUCAACCAAACCAAAGUCCUAUGGUAACGUAAUUGUUUCUGACAAACCAUGUAUCCAUUCUUAUGAAAGAUUAGAUUUGGAUAGACGAAGAGAUGGAUUAGUAGCCUAUUCAGAAAAUAUUCCUUCCAAACGUGCUUGUACUGUUGGUGAAUAUAAAUGUAGUUCAUUUGCAUGCCUUUAGGUUUUGCCUUUCGAAGAAUCUCCUCAUCCGCAUCCCAUAAGAAUAACGAAGAUAAAGUCUUAUCAGUGACAUGCAGUUAAACAGAAAAUAUUAUGGUAAUUGAAUAUGAAAAUCCUAUUACAUUAUAGGUCAAUCUACAAAUGUUGAUGUGUGAUGAUAUUUUGUGACUCGUCAAGACUUUCUUUUUGACUGCCGUAUCUGUGGGAGCAUGUUUCUUGUAGAUAAUAAUGAUAGUAUAUGUUGCUAUAUCCUUGUCGCUCCCCUAUUUAAAAUCAACCAUCCCAAGCGCCCAUUUUGAAUGAGAUAUUGAAUGUACCAUAUUCAUCAAUGAGAAAAAUCAACACUGGAGAAAUAUAAGAAAAAUAUUAGGUUUAAUUUGACUAAAAGAACAUUUCUAUAAAAUGGAAAUAAAACCAAUUAAUCAGUAUUGUUUGUGGACAUAGAGGCAAAACUAAUAAGAGGCCAUAUGAAAUGAGCCCAAAUUAUAAUGGAGAGGUUUUAAGUAGUAUUUAUUCCCAUCUAUUUUUUCUCCACAUAGUUUUAGUUCUAUCAUCACACCAUUAUUCAGUGAAGAUACAGGUUGCAUAUCAAUGAGCUGAAUUCAAUGAAGUUCCUUUCAUGAGUUUACCAGUCAUCAGUGUAAAGUGGCAAAUGAACAAAGGCCAGUGCAACACUGUUAGAUAUUAUCAUCUCAUAUGAUUUGUCUCUCUCAUUUUAAAGAUACAUGUAAAAAGGACAGAAAAAUAUCACUGUGUUGGAAGAACUAGUAAAUGCCAUUCCUUAUGAACAAAAACCCUGUGUUUUGGUAGGCUUUACAGUUUGCCUAUUAUACCAAAUGGCGCUCCUCUUUAUUGAUCAACUUUUUGUACUUUUUUAUUCCCCUCUCUCACAUACAAACUGUAUAGCAGCACCUCUUAUGUUCAGGUGCCGUGUAUCUUAUCCUCCACUAAAGACAACAGCCUGGUAAGAUCCUGAUAACCCUGGCCUGGCCCAAGACCUGUGAGUGUAGUCUUUACUCCUCUGGAUCACUGUUGAAGCAAUAGCACAGGAGCUGACAAAACAGCACAAACAGAUCUGGAGCCAAGCUAUGAGACCCCUGACCAGAUAAUGUUAAGUAAUCCACACAUUUCUUAACCCUGCUUGUAUAAAUCCGUAUUGCAACUGGGAUAUUUAACUACCAGUUUUGUUUCACACGCCCUCUGCACAUUUGGAAGGAGUCGAGUCAUAGUCAUGCUCAAAUUGCCUGAAACGCCAAGAAUGAAUCAAUCACUAUUCCCACGGGAUUAUAUUGACGGUUUGUUAUAUGAGACUUUGCAUUUACAUCUUUGCCCAAAAAUGUUUGUACUUAAAAGUAAAAUAUUAUAAAUAUCAGAUACCAAAUGUAAGCAAUGGCAACUGUGUAAACUAAAGGAUUAUUUUGUACAUGUAGCAUGUGUUGUGACCCUGAUGACAUGGCUGCACUCCUCGUAUUGUUAUUUAUUUCAACUAAUAAAAUUACUCCGUGGGCUGUUUUCUCAAGCUGUGAAUUGGAAUCAGAUC